GAUAAAUUAAAACGAAGUGACGUGUAAAACGUGACGGAAUCGAAAUAGAAUCGUCAUAAAAUAUCGUGGAAAGUAUGGAAGAUAUAAACUUUUGAAUUCAUUACUGUAAAAGAUUGGAGGGGAAAAAAAAGGAAAAAAAAAAAGGGCAAAUUUUGUUCGUGUUUCUCAAGAUUCAGAGCAAUCUUUAGACCCGAAACUGUUACAGACAAUCCUCUCAACCCAUUAUGUACAAAACCGGAAUGUCUUUCACGGCCACCUGCUGCAUCUAAUUCUGGGGAGGACCUGAGCGUGCCUGUGCUCACGAUCCUGGACGUGGACCCGUGCAUCGGCGAGAACGGGGCGAACCACCGGACGUCGAGGUACGAGGCGAUGAGCCGGGCUGGGGACGGCUCGAGGCUGGUCGUGAGACGCGGCCAACCCUUCUACCUGCACCUCGCCUUGUCCAGGGACUACGACCCGGCCGUCGACGCCGUGUCCAUAGUGUUCACCGUGGACGGGGUCGACAGGCCCCAAUACGGCCACGGCACCCUCGUAGCCACCCCCGUCCUCUACCCCGGCGAACGGUCCCCCGCAACCUGGCAGGCGACCAUCGACUCCCUUCACUCCGAUUUCGCUCGACUCAAGAUCGUCCCCGCCCCGGACGCGAUAAUAGGCAAGUGGAGGAUGGACAUCGACACGAAGAACAAGAACUCGCAAGGGGCGAUCAGUUACACGAUGAAGCACCCGUUCUACCUCCUCUUCAAUCCUUGGUGCCGAGAGGACGCGGUUUACAUGGAGGACGAGGAGGAGCGGCAGGAGUACGUGAUGGCGGAGGACGGGCUGAUAUGGCGCGGCAGCCACAACCGCCUCAGGCCAACCGUGUGGAAGUACUCGCAGUUCGAGCGCGACAUACUGGAUUGCGCGUUGCACCUGAUGAUCCAGGUCGGGAAGGUUCGAGUUUCGGCGAGGCGCGACCCAGUCGUCGUGUGCCGCGUCCUGUCCGCAGCCGUGAACUCGGCGGACGACAACGGGGCGGUGAUGGGGAAUUGGUCGGACGAUUUCGGGGGUGACGCCGCCACCAAGUGGCUGGGCUCGCAGAAGAUACUGCAGCAGUACUACAGGACGAGGAAACCGGUCAAGUACGGGCAGUGCUGGGUGUUCUCGGGCGUGUUGGCCACCAUUUGCCGUGCCCUCGGCCUCCCGUGCCGCGUCGUGACCAAUUACGCGAGCGCCCACGACACGCAGAGCAGCCUCACCGUCGACUACUUCGUGGACGCCGAGGGGAGGGCGAUGGAGGAGUUGAACAGCGACUCGAUAUGGAAUUUCCACGUGUGGAACGAGGUGUGGAUGAGACGGGACGACAUAUCGGCCGAGUAUUCAGGAUGGCAGGCGAUCGACGCCACCCCUCAGGAGUUGAGCGAGGACGCGUACAGGUGCGGGCCCGCGUCCGUGGUAGGCGUGAAAAGAGGCGAGGUAUUGCGCCCGUACGACAACGCUUUCCUCUUCGCCGAGGUGAACGCGGACAAGGUGUUUUGGCGAUACAACGGGCCCACCCAGCCGUUGAAGCUCAUCCGGAAGGACUCGUACGGGAUCGGCCAACUGAUCAGCACGAAGGCGGUGGGCAGAUGGGCGAGAGAGGACAUCACUCACACCUACAAGUAUCCGGAAAAAUCGGAAGAGGAGCGGGCCGCCAUGUUGAAGGCGUUGCGCCAGAGCCAAUCCUUGUUCAGCCGUUACUAUCUCAACGAGGAAUUCAACGACGUCACGUUCGACUUUGAGCUUAGGGACGAUAUCGUGAUAGGACAACCGUUCAGCGUGGUGCUGUGGAUCAGGAACAAGAGCGAUCGGAAAGAGUAUCGGGUGUCGGUGAUUCUGAGAGUGGAGACGGUGCUGUACACGGGGAGGGUCGGCGAGCCGGUGAAAAGAUGGAGUGUGGAUCGAGUGGUGAGGGCGGGGGCGGUGGAGGAGGUGCGCAUGGAGGUGUCCUGGCAGGAAUACGGGCCCCGGUUAUUGGAUCAAUGCGCGUUCAACGUUGCCUGCCUCGCCACCGUCAAGGACACCAAUUUCGAAUAUUUUGCCCAGGACGAUUUCCGCGUGAGGAAGCCCGACAUCGCGAUCACGUUGGAGAACGAGGCGAUAGCGGGGGACGAGUUGAAGGCGACGGCCAAAUUCCAGAAUCCGUUGCCGAUCCCGUUGAACAAGGGCCGUUUCCUGAUCGAGGGUCCUGGCCUGGACGAGCAGUUGAAAGUGAAAUUGUCGGAAACGGUGCAGACGGGAGCUUACGCCCAGUGUUCAUUCUCCAUGGUGCCGAGACACGAGGGACGCGGCACGAUAGCGGCGAAAUUUUACUCGAAGGAGCUCGAGGAUGUGGACGGUUUCGUCAAUUUUAUGGUGAAAUCGAGAAGAUUGGUCGCGAACGGCGAUUAAGCUCGUAUAUACCUUCGUACUACGAGCCUUUCCCUCACUUCUUUUUCUUCUUUCGUAACAUGUCUAAUGUCGUUUGUUACGUUCUUUUGUUGCGACGAAUAAUAAAAGUUUUGAAAGUUUG